AUGAAUCCAGCUAAUGUGACCAGCAGUACUGCGAACCCAGCGGUUCCGAUCAAUCCCUUGACGCGUAUGAAGGAUCCUCACGCACACCACUGUCACACUCCGAAUUCAACUCAGUGGGACGAAGCAGGUCAGAUGAACACCACGUUGAUGGAAAUUUGCACAAAUGUACUAGAUGGAUUAGUGUAA